UAAUUAAGAAAAAGAUGAGAUGAGAUUGGAUUCUUUUCGAGACAUGCCUCUGUCUAUUCUCCAGCCGAUUCCAAACGCAGACAGCAUACUUCCAAAGAAAAUGUCCGAUCCAUCUCCAAGGCACCGCAUAGGAUACGCUCUUUCCCCCAAGAAGGAACUAAGCUUCAUCCAGGACUCUCUCAUCGAUCACGCUAACCAGCGCGGCGUCGAUCUCAUCCGCAUCCAUCCCACCAAGCCCAUCACCGAACAGGGACCCUUCGAUUGCAUCAUCCACAAGAUGUACGGACGCGACUGGAAUCAGCAGCUGCACCAGUUCUCGGUCGAACACCCAAACGUCGUCGUAAUCGAUCCGCCGGAGGCCAUCGAGAAGCUCCACAACCGGGUUUUCAUGCUUGAGGUGGUGACCCGGUUGAGAAUGCCUCAAGGAAACGAAGCCUUCGGGGUUCCAAACCAAAGAGUGGUGUACAAGUCGGAGACUCUGUUGGCUCCGAAUGCGAUUCAGGAGCUGGGGCUGAGGUUUCCGGUGAUAGCGAAGCAGGUGUCGGCGGAAGGCAGCGCGAAUUCGCACAAGAUGUCCUUGGUGUUAAAUCCAAACGGGUUGAAGAGGCUGAAAACGCCAAUCGUGCUGCAGGAGUUUGUAAACCACGGCGGGGUGAUUUUCAAGGUGUACGUGGCGGGAGAGUACAUCAACUGCGUGAAGCGCAAGUCGCUUCCUGAUAUAUCCGAAGAGAAGCUGAAUAACAGUGAUACGGAGGGUCUGUUGUCAUUUUCGCAGAUAUCGAAUUCGGCGAGUAAUGAAGAUGAGGAGGAUAGUUGUUCUGAUGCUGAGAAGUCAGAACCGCCGCCAUUGGAGUUUGUGACGGAGUUGGCGAGGGGGUUGAGGGAGGAGAUGGGGCUUCGGCUCUUUAACUUCGAUAUGAUCAGGGAUGGUAGAGAUGGGAAUAGGUAUCUUGUCAUCGAUAUCAAUUACUUCCCUGGGUAUGCCAAAAUGCCGUCCUAUGAAUCAGUUUUGGUGGAUUUUUUCAUAGACAUUGUGACCAAGAAGAGGAACAAGACUGUUGGGUUGGAGGAAGAACAUCAAGACAUCAGCCAUGGUGGUCACAUUGAAGAGAAGAAUUUGUGAGGAAUGCUUGCAGUUGCGGUCCUUUAUAUUUUCUGACACCGCCAAAUAGAGCCAUGGCAUGAGAAACAAUCUGGAUGGCUAGAAAAAAAAGCAGUUCAGGAGCAGCUCCUCACAGAAACACUUAAAUCAUCCUGGAUUUUUCAGUUGCUGCGAUACAUCCAACUCAUGCGAGAAAGGUCCCUUCUAUGAUUCUAUCUACCAACUUCCUCUACUAAACUUGGAUGCAAGUGUAACUAUCAGGGAUGGACUGCUAUUUUUUCAGCAGUACUUGAAACCACUUAUGCCCACUGCAACACACUUGGGCCUAUAAAAAUUAAGCUCUCUAAUUAGGGUCCUAACGGUGAAACUAGGUUGCCCCGGGGGGUUGGUUCAAGUUGUAAGGCUUUGGUUUGGUUGGUAUUCUCUCGGCGUCCAAGGUUCAAAUUUAGGUAUAAACAAUUUUUAGGGGUUAUUGGACUGGGUGAGUUUCCUUUAAAUUAUCGUGUAUUUACGGAAAGCAUCUUUUGAGAGUCAAUGCAUCUUCGAGAUUAGUCGGGACUUUAUUUUUAAGCA